AUGUCUCUUCAUAUAUUAAUAACAGUGCCCUUUGUAAAAAUUGUUGGAUUAAUAUUUCUUGUAAGUGGUUUAUUUGGAAAUCUAUUCAAUAUAACAAUAUUUAUUAAAAAUUCAAUAAAUAAUUCUUCCACAUAUUUAUUAUUUUUAUCGUCAUUAUUUAGUUUAAUUUAUUUAUUAGAUGGUUUAUUCACACGUAUAUUAUCUGUUGGAUUUAAUAUUGAUCCAACACGUACGAAUUUAAUUUGGUGUAAAACAAGAACUUAUAUUGGUCAAACAACUUCAUUAAUAUCGUUAACAUGUAUUUGUUACGCUCUAUUAGAUCAGUUGUUUUUAUCGUGUCAAAAACAAAAAUAUCGUCGUUUAAGUCAAUUAAAACGAACUAAAUUUAUAACAUUAAUUAUUAUUUUAUUUUGGUUUAUUUAUCAUUUACCAUUUUAUAUAUUGGCACAACAUGUUAAUAAUGGAAAUAACACAUUUAUUUGUAAUAUUUAUGCUAUAUAUGAAUUUAAUAAAUAUUUUUCAUAUAUUCAUCAACCAAUUAUUGCUGGAAUUAUUCCUAUUUUAUUUAUUAUCAUUACUGGAACAUUAAUGUAUCAAAAUAUAAGUUUAUUACGAAAAAAUCGUCGUCGUGACCGCGCUCAACGAAAUCUAACAACAAUGAUUGUUGCUCAAACAAUCUUUAUAAUAAUUCAAUCAGUUCCAUAUGGUUUUUAUUCGAUGUAUUUAUCAAUAAGUUCAUAUGAAAAUAAAUCAAUAUAUAGACAAGAUAUGGAAUCAGUUAUUCUUAAUUUAAUAUCAUCAGUUACUUAUCGUCAACAAACAAAACAAUUAUUAAUUAAAAUUUUCACUCAUCAUAUAAAUACAAUUAUUUCAUAA